UAGGGAAACCAGACUUCUAUAUACUUGUGCAUAACAUUAGGAUUUUUUCACGGUGUUGUUGUGAAGUUACCGCAAUCUAGCGGUCACGAAAUGGUAGAUUCUCUUUUUGAAGCUGACUGGGAGCUCAAUCACUAAUUAUGUCACCUUGGACUUAAUGAAGGCACGAUCAGCACUACUUCAUACUAGGUCGCUCAGCAAGACAGAGUAGCAUUAUGGGUAAUCAGUUGACAGGAAUAGCACCAUCGCAAAUCUUUCCAGUAGAGCAUUAUUUGACAGACGUCACUGACUACGAGUUUGAUGCAAGCCUCGGAAGCACACGAUUCUUCAAAGUUGCACGGGCAAAGUAUAAAGAGGGUCUCGCCGUGGUUAAAGUGUUUGCGAUCCAUGAUCCCUCUCUUCCUCUGAUGUACUACAAAGACCAGCUGGAGAAGAUCAAGAAGAAUCUCAGCAAUUCCUCUAACUGUUUACCAUUCCUGAGAAGCACACUGUCCAACAAGGCCGCUCUGCUGUUCCGUCAGUAUGUGCGCAAUAAUCUUUACGAUCGCAUCAGCACGCGUCCGUUCCUCAACACUAUCGAGAAAAAGUGGAUUGCUUUCCAGCUUCUUUGUGCCAUAAACCAAGCCCAUCGAGUCAAGGUAUGUCAUGGAGACAUCAAAAGCGAGAACGUUAUGAUAACGGGCUGGAACUGGGUUCUCCUGACGGACUUUGCAAGCUUCAAACCCACCUUCUUGCCAGCCGACAAUCCGGCAGAGUUCUCGUUCUUCUAUGACACAUCAAGAAGACGUACCUGUUAUAUUGCCCCUGAGCGCUUUGUAGAGGGCAACAUGUUCCAAGCGGAGAGUGCUACUUCUGAGGGCUCAGAAAAUCUUCUUGAUAUAGGUGUGAUCAAGAAGGGAGAACUUACACCGCAAAUGGAUAUUUUUUCAGUAGGGUGCGUGAUAGCCGAGCUCUUUACUGAAGGUCACGCGCCCUUUGACCUUUCUCAGUUGCUUGCCUACUGCAGUGGGACAUACACCCCCGAGAAGGUCUUGGAAAAGAUAGAGGAUCCUAGCAUUAAGGCCCUAGUGGAGCACAUGCUUCAGAAAGAUCCUGCUAAGCGGUGCUCUGCAGAGGAGUACCUCGUCCAGUGGAAGGUGACGGCCUUCCCUGAGGUAUUCUACAACUAUCUUAAGGUCUUCAUGGGAGAUUUCGCCAGCAUCCCUAUCCUACCAGCAGAUGAAAAGAUCGCAAGAUUGAAAAGGGAUAUGGAGACAAUUAUUGCGACACUAUGUCCAGUCGAUGAAGAUGGAGAUCAAUGCAAAGACACUAACAAUGGACUUGUUAUCGUCUUAUCUCUUGUAACAUCAUGUCUACGCACUCUCAAGUUUUGCAUCAACAAGUUAUCAGGCCUGGAGAUCUUACUGAUGAUUGCGCAUCAUAUCCCAGAUGAUCUUAUCCUGGACAGAAUUAUUCCAUAUAUGCUUCACUUCAUAACGGAUCCAUUUCCAAGGGUACGGGCAGAAGCAAUACGCACCCUUAGCAAAACCCUUACCCUCGUCAAUUCAGUGCCAAGGAGUGAUGCAAACAUAUUCCCGGAGUACAUUCUCCCAAAUUUGUCUAACAUUGCUCAGGAUGAAAUCGUGUUGGUGCGAGUUGCGUAUGCUGAGAACAUCGCGGUGUUGGCCGAGACGGCGCUGCGCUUUCUAGAGAUGGUUCAGCUGGAACAGACAACAACUCAAGACGCGCAGGCAGACUCUGUGCAAGAUUCUAAGCUCCAGUAUCAGGCCAGCUAUGAUGACGAGCUUCAGAAUCUACAUGAAAUGAUUCAACAGAAGGUUGUCACCCUACUCAGUGAUACAGAGAAUAUAGUGAAGCAAACGUUACUUGAAAAUGGCAUCACAAGGCUGUGCGUGUUCUUUGGACGACAGAAAGCAAAUGAUAUCCUACUCUCCCAUAUGAUAACCUUCCUCAACGACAAGAAUGACUGGCAUCUACGCGGCUCCUUUUUUGACAGUAUCGUCGGCAUAGCUGCGUACGUUGGAUGGCAAAGCUCAUUCAUUCUUAAACCACUCAUCCAACAGGGACUAUGCGACUCUGAAGAGUUUGUGAUCUGCAAGGCCCUGACUGCACUCACCAGUCUUAUAGAGCUGGGACUCCUACAGAAGCCCAUUAUAUUGGACCUUGCAUCGGAGAUAGUUCCAAACCUCUGUCAUCCAAAUAUUUGGAUCAGACAAGGCACAACCGGGGUAAUUUCUGUUAUUGCAAACAGCUUCAACAUUGCAGAUGUACAUUGCAAUCUCAUCCCGCUUCUGCAACCGUUUAUCAAACAGCCCAUCAUUCAAGUUGAUAAAGAGCCAAUUCUACUGAACGUACUGAAAGACCCUGUGCCGAGGCCAGUCUAUGACUACAUCUUGAGAUCUCCUCUGAUUGAGAGCUUCUUUGACAAUCUUCAGGAUCGACAACUCCUGCGGAACUUGUGCAGGACGGGGCACAAACCCAGCUACAGCCAGCCGGAUGAUGGUGGCCUUGCCCAGCUUAUGCGGAAACUGCAGUCCCAGGGAAUGACGGAGGUUGAUGAGGACAAACUCCUGCUGCUUAAAGACAUCAUGCUCAAACAACAGCGAGCAAAAUCAAGUCCAAGUGACCAGCAAACAUUAUCCCCUGGGCCAGACGACCCAGACAUUCCUGGUAUCAUUAACAUCCAGUCACUAGAGAAGAGGGCACCUGUUCAGAAGUACCACGCUGAUCUCCUUAAGCCCCCAGAGCUACGCUCCGAUGCUUCAGAGAAAGCUCCACGCAAGAUCAAGAAGAAAACCAGCACUCUGGAACCUCAGAUGAUGAAUGAGGAGUGGAAGAGUAUGUUUGGGACUAACGAGCCUCAGAAGACCUCCAAGGCCCAACAACCUGGCAGCCCUGUCCACCCAGCCCAAGAAGCCAUGUCAACACUCAACCCAGGAGCCAGCAAAGCGCCAUCUGGUCAGCCUGCUGCAGGGCCGAGUGGGAAACCUGCACCACCCCUGGGGCAGGCACAUAAGGGCUUGUCGACGCUGGGGCCGAUUUCAAUGUCUCAGCUUCAGGCUGCGGCUGAGGGAACCCCAGAGAAGAAGCCUCAGGUCCAAGAGAACAGGCUUCCUGCAGUCCAAACCUCCUAUGCAUCGUGCAAGCAAGAGCUCAGCCGCUUGGUCGCCCAGAAACGAGAGCAGUACGCAGCGGCCGUGACACGCAAGACACUGAUAGAAGAAAUGGCCAUUGAGACCAAGAUCCCACCAGCAUCCUGGAAACCGAAAGGCCUCCUGGUGGCUCAUUUACAUGAACAUAAAGCCGCCGUAAACAGAAUUCAGGUGAGCCAUGAUCACAUGUUUUUUGCGACCUGCUCAAACGAUGGCACAGUGAAGGUAUGGGACACCACUAAACUAUUCGGCAAGAGUAACACAAACUGUUCCAGGCAGACGUACGGUCGCCAGCCGGGUCGUAUCAAGGCUCUGACAUUCUGUCAGUCUUCUCACAGUAUCGCGUCAGCAUCUGACGAUGGCUCUAUACAUGUCAAUAGGAUCGAGACAGGAGCCCCACGGUUCGGCCUGACGCAUUCAACAAAUCUAGACCUUCAGGAGGAAGGUUGUGCUGUGGACAUCACUCACUUCGAUACAGGAUCCCAGUCUGUCGUGACCUACGCAACAGUCCAGGGACAUUUAGUGGGAUGGGAUCUCCGAGCUCCCGGUAUUGCAUGGAGACUACGCAACGAACCAAGACACGGACUGAUAACAUCAUUUGUUGUGGAUCCACAUCAAUGCUGGAUGGCAGUGGGAACCAGUAACGGAGCUCAUACAUGCUGGGAUCUUCGCUUCCAGCUUCCCAUUACGACCAUUCAUCAUUCCACAGCGUCACAAGUAAGACGGCUCAUUCUGCAUCCCAACCAUCCAUCUUGGAUCAUCUCUGCUGUACAGGGCAACAAUGAGGUGUCCAUGUGGGAUAUGGAGACCGGGGCCAGACAAUUUACACUGUGGGCCAGUCCAUCCCCUGCCCUCUCCCAGACGCAGACAUCCAACCACGCCGUUCACGGACUGUACUGCAUCCCAUCCAAUGAGCACUCUCCAAGCUUCCUUACAGCGGGAUCUGAUCAGAGACUCCGCUACUGGAGUCUAACCAAUCCAGAUGACUCGGGCAUCAUCGCAGGCUCAGUCAAUGAUCCACAAACACGACCAGCUGUAACUUACAAGCGGAGGCUAAUCGACGGUACAGAGGUGAUCGUAGAAACAUACGAUAAACACCGCAGCACGCACGUAGUCGGCGAGACAGGGCGCCACAACUCUGAACAAGUUCCAGUCGGUCAUCGUAACAUCAUCAACGACCUUGGUGUGAUUCUCGUUUCACCGAACAGUGCGGCAGUUGCUACAGCGUCGCACGACGGCGUCAUCAAAAUAUGGAAAUAAGUACACAUGUAUACGGACAACAUUUUGUAUUAUGUGCGGCCAUUUUGUAUUUCUUGCAUCAUUAUUCAGUUCACAAUUAAUAAUGGAAAAAAGAAGAACUCAAAGGAAUUACUUUACUCAAAAGCUUUCACUUUAUUACACAUUAUUUCAAAAACUAGGCUGUACAAAUUUCGUCACGGGCUGUUACAUCUUGGGUUGAGUUUAUAAUUUAUGAAAAUUCAUGAAAAAUUUUUCAUAAAAUUGUUCAGUUAGAGGCAGGGUAUACUUUUGGUAAUUGUCGAAGACCAG